AAUCGACAAAGGGGACGGGAUGGACGCCAUGUUUUUCAAUAGUGAGUGUCCUUGAAGCUGACUCCGGGUAGAGCUGUGAAAUAUCAUUAUUGUGUUAGAUUUCAUAGUUGCGAGAAGUUAUAAAAAUGUCAAUCAAUCUAAGUUAUGUUUGUUAGUACUAUUAUUUUGUAAUUUCGAAGGAAGAUCACUCGGAUAACAAGGGAUUUAAAAAUGAAGUAAAUAUGAGUGGGAAUAGAGGAGAGGCAGCUGGGGUCGGGGGAGGUCUGCAUUACACCAACUCUCGUCUUGCCUCUGUCCCAGCCCCCAACCCUUCCUCUAUAAUACCCAGUACACCUGGAAACAUGACCAGAAUAGUCACAUCGGCAUCAGACAAUGCAGCAGUGGCUCGUGCCAGUAAUGGACUGCCCAAUGAGUCACGAAGUAUUGUGGACCUGCUGAACAGCUCACCAAACUUAAUGAGUUCAUUGACAUCCCCCGGUCACCACAGAACACAAAGUGGAAUGGCCCUGGAAAGUGGUGUGCGGAAGCGGAAGUUGUCCGAUACGGGGGAGGACAUUGGUUCGAGACGGAGAAGAAUUGCGGAACACAAGGCGGUGCGUUUAAAAAGAAUACAGAAGGAAUAUGUGGAACAUGUCACGGAGUUGCUGACUCUGGAAGGGUGUAGUUUACCGGACGUGUAUAGGAAACGGCCGGCUGUGUCUGCGUUGUUGAACUAUUUACAGCGUAACCGGUUGGAUUCCACCAAUGAGAAAGAAGACUUGACUGCUUUCCUGGCACCCAUUGCCCAACCGCUACCACAAUUGGAAUUAAAGGCUGCAGUUGUGGCGACACCUGGAGGAAGUCAAGUUGUCCCUUCAACUUCAACACCUGUAAUUCAAGACUCACCCAAAAUUAACCUGUUUCAAGGUUUUCCUCCAUUGGAGCCUACGUCCAGUACUGCAGUCUCUCCAAGCUCUGACAAGAGGCAGUCAUCUCCGUACAAGAGUGUAACUCCGAACAACAACAACAGAGCACCCACUCCUCAGCGGUUGCAGGCUUCACAUGAUUCCCCUCUUACUAGCCAAGAACAAAUUGUGGAAAAGGCCAAACAGGAAGCUCACGUAAUGCAAAGGAUAGGUGAGCUGCAGAGGGAAGGGUUGUGGGCAGAGAAGAGGUUACCGAAGGUGCAAGAACCGCCUAGGGCGAAGGCUCACUGGGAUUACCUCAUAGAAGAAAUGGUGUGGCUGGCAGCUGAUUUUGCACAAGAACGCAAGUGGAAGAAAGCUGCUGCUAAGAAGUGUGCGAAAAUGGUCCAGAAGCAUUUCCAGGACAAAGAACUGAUGGCUCAGAAGGCUGUCCGAUCCCAGGAACUGCAACUGAAAAGGAUUGCAAGUUGUAUGGCUAAAGAAGUCAAACAGUUUUGGACAAAUGUAGAAAAGCUGGUUGAAUAUAAACAACAAACAAGGUUGGAAGAGAAGCGUAAAAAGGCGCUGGACCAACAUCUUAGUUUUAUAGUGGACCAAACUGAGAAGUAUUCAUCAUUGGUUGCUGAGAGUAUGAACAAAACUGGAGCAGAGAGCGUUUCCCAUUCGGUGGUCUCUUCUCGAGCACCUUCACCCUCCACUUUACAUCAUACGUCCGAUGGUGAGUUAAGGCUUAAUGACAUAAUACUUGUGUAACAGGAAACAAAUGGUAUAUAAAAGUAAUGAUGGAUCUAAUUUUCAAUUAAUUA